AUGAGACGUUUCUCUCGAUUUAUCAAAGGUGAGAAUAACCGUGCGUCCAUACCUUCGACUACAACGAUUGCUGUGGUUACUCCUCUUGCAGAACAAUCGAAUAGAACCAAGACACCAUCUUCGCCUUCUGAUAGAAAGGAAACUAAUCUGUUGGAACCUAAUUGGCGAAAUUCAAAGAAACAAUCACCACAUUCACCACUCAUUUCAUCUUCAUCACAAGAUAAUACUGCAUCAUUUGGUGGUGUAAAGAAGGUAGUUUCGAAUAGAAAACACCUCUUUCUGAGCCAUGUCAAACAGAAAAAGAUUAAACUUGACAAGAAAGAACAAUCAUGUCUAAACAACAAUCAAAACUCCACAAGUGCAUGUGAACAAGUGGGAGGUGCCAACAAGAAUCGAACAAACUCUUUAGAAAGUUUAGAACAGUGGACUAGUUUCCAUUCGAAACAAGGCCUAUACAGUUACUUUUACAUGGAAAAUAGUGAUGUGAUCGAGACUCUUAGAUAUGGACAAUUUGAAAUGAAAGAACCACCAAAGAUUAUCGCUAGACGAAAGAUAUGCGCCUAA